CUGGCAGGAUGACCACAGACUCUCGCGGUGCUCUCGCUGACCCGCUCGUGGCAGCUAUCGACCAAGGCACAAGUUCCACGCGCUUCUUGAUAUUUAAUGCCCGAACUGCAGAAGUAGUUUGUCAGCAUCAGGUGGAAAUCAAACAGAGCUUCCCAAAAGAGGGAUGGGUGGAAGAGGAUCCUGUGGAGAUCCUGCAGUCAGUGUGUGAGUGUGUGGCCCACACCUGUGACAAGCUCAACCAACUCAACAUCCCUACUUCACACAUCAAAGCGAUUGGGGUGACCAAUCAGAGAGAAACCACAUUGGUUUGGAACAAGGAGACUGGAGAGCCUCUCUGCAAUGCCAUUGUUUGGUUGGAUCUAAGGACCCAGUCUACUGUGGAGAGGUUGAUCGACAAAACGCCCAGCAAAAGCAAGAACCACCUAAAGCAUCUCACUGGGCUGCCCAUCUCUACAUACUUCAGUGCGGUCAAACUGCGAUGGCUACUGGACCAUGUGGAGCCUGUUGCCGUGGCAGCACACACACACACCGCCCUGUUUGGUACUGUGGACUCCUGGCUAAUUUGGUGUCUCACAGGUGGGAGGAAGGGGGGAGUCCAUUGCACUGAUGUCAGUAACGCCAGCCGCACACUGCUCUUCAACAUACACACACUGGAGUGGGAUCCAGACCUCUGCACAUUUUUUGACAUCCCAAUGGAUAUGUUACCGAAUGUGAGAAGCUCUUCUGAAAUCUACGCUUACAUGGCUUCUGGACCUUUGGCUGGAGUACCCAUUUCAGGAUGUCUAGGUGACCAGUCUGCUGCACUGGUUGGACAGAAGUGUUUGCAGGAAGGCCAAACAAAGAACACGUACGGCACUGGCUGUUUUCUACUAAAGAACAUUGGAAAAAAGCCGGUGAUGUCGGAGCACGGUCUCUUGACGACGGUGGCCUAUAAAUUGGGGCGGGACCAACCGGCCUGCUAUGCCCUGGAGGGCUCGGUUGCAAUAGCGGGUGCAGUGGUAAGAUGGCUGAAAGACAACUUGGGAAUCAUCCAAUCAUCAGCUGAGAUAGAGAAACUGGCCUCCUCUGUAGGCACGUCAUAUGGCUGUUAUUUUGUUCCUGCAUUUUCUGGACUUUACGCCCCCUACUGGGAACCUAGUGCAAGAGGGAUCAUCUGUGGUCUAACUCAGUUCACCAACCGCUGCCAUCUCGCCUUCGCUGCCCUGGAGGCUGUGUGCUUUCAGACCAGAGAGAUCCUGGACGCUAUGCAGCAGGACAGUGGGGACACUCUGAGCCGCCUGCAGGUGGACGGAGGAAUGACGGCCAACACUCUCCUCAUGCAGCUGCAGGCCGACAUACUGGGCACCCCCGUGGUGAGGCCCUCCAUGUGUGAGACCACGGCGCUAGGCGUUGCCAUGGCAGCUGGAUCAGCAGAGGGAGUGUGUGUGUGGGACCUGACCAUGCAGCACAGCAUCACCACGGAAACAUACCAGCCACAAAUCCUCCCUGAAGACAGUGAAUUUCGUUAUAGCAGAUGGAAGACCGCUGUUCAGAGGGCAAUGAAUUGGGAAACAUCUGAAACAAUUGAGUCAACCAACAAAGAAGAGGGGGCCAUAAAAAUCCCAUGAUGCUUUGCAUGGCCACCAGGAACUCGCCUGAUCCAGGAAGCAGGAACCAGGAAGAGACACACUCAUCAACUACACACACACACACACACACACACACACACACACACACACACACACACACAUGUGCAUACACACACACACACACACAUAUAUGCGCACACACACACACACACUCAUCAACU